GAGCGGAGAAUCGAGUUGCCCGGAAACAGAGCUACGGCCGCCGCCAGAGCGAUGUUCCCGCAGAGCCGACACCCGACGCCGCACCAGGCUGCAGGCCAGCCCUUCAAGUUCACUAUCCCGGAGUCCCUGGACCGGAUUAAAGAGGAAUUCCAGUUCCUGCAGGCCCAGUAUCACAGCCUUAAAUUGGAAUGUGAGAAACUGGCAAGUGAAAAGACAGAAAUGCAGAGGCACUAUGUGAUGUAUUAUGAAAUGUCAUAUGGAUUAAACAUAGAAAUGCAUAAACAGACUGAAAUCGCCAAGAGAUUGAAUACAAUUUGUGCACAAGUCAUCCCAUUUCUGUCUCAGGAACAUCAACAACAGGUGGCCCAGGCUGUCGAGCGUGCCAAGCAGGUGACCAUGGCAGAGUUGAAUGCCAUCAUCGGGCAGCAGCAGUUGCAAGCUCAGCAUCUUUCUCAUGGCCACGGACCACCAGUGCCCCUAACACCUCACCCUUCGGGCCUUCAGCCUCCUGGAAUCCCGCCCCUCGGGGGCAGUGCUGGCCUCCUGGCGCUGUCUAGUGCUCUGAGUGGGCAGUCUCACUUGGCAAUAAAAGAUGACAAGAAGCACCAUGAUGCAGAGCACCACAGAGACAGAGAACCGGGCACAAGUAAUUCCCUCUUGAUCCCAGACAGUCUAAGGGGCACAGAUAAACGCAGAAACGGGCCUGAAUUUUCCAAUGACAUCAAAAAAAGAAAGGUGGACGAUAAGGACUCCAGCCACUAUGAUAGUGAUGGUGACAAAAGCGACGACAACUUAGUUGUGGAUGUGUCUAAUGAGGACCCUUCUUCUCCGCGAGCAAGCCCCGCCCAUUCGCCCAGGGAAAAUGGGAUCGACAAAAACCGCCUGCUGAAGAAAGAUGCCUCCAGCAGCCCAGCAUCCACAGCCUCUUCGGGAAGCUCCACUUCUUUGAAAUCCAAAGAAAUGAGCUUGCAUGAAAAAGCCAGCACGCCUGUUCUGAAAUCCAGCACACCGACGCCUCGGAGCGACAUGCCAACGCCGGGCACCAGUGCUGCUCCAGGACUCCGUCCAGGCCUCGGCAAGCCUCCAGCCAUGGACCCCCUCGUUAACCAAGCGGCGGCCGGCCUGAGGACGCCGCUGGCGGUGCCCGGCCCGUACCCCGCCCCGUUUGGGAUGGUGCCCCACGCCGGCAUGAAUGGCGAGCUGACCAGCCCCGGCGCCGCCUACGCCAGCCUGCACAACAUGUCCCCGCAGAUGAGCGCGGCCGCUGCCGCCGCUGCCGUGGUAGCCUACGGGCGCUCCCCGAUGGUUGGGUUUGAUCCUCCCCCUCACAUGCGAGUACCUACCAUCCCUCCAAACCUGGCAGGAAUCCCUGGGGGGAAACCUGCAUACUCCUUCCACGUCACUGCAGACGGUCAGAUGCAGCCUGUCCCUUUCCCCCCCGACGCCCUCAUCGGACCCGGAAUCCCCCGGCAUGCGCGCCAGAUCAACACCCUGAACCACGGGGAGGUGGUGUGCGCUGUGACCAUCAGCAACCCCACGAGACACGUGUACACGGGCGGGAAGGGCUGCGUCAAGGUCUGGGACAUCAGCCACCCCGGCAACAAGAGCCCCGUCUCUCAGCUCGACUGUCUGAACAGGGAUAACUACAUCCGUUCCUGCAAAUUGCUCCCUGAUGGCUGCACCCUCAUCGUGGGAGGGGAGGCCAGUACUCUGUCCAUCUGGGACCUGGCGGCUCCGACCCCGCGCAUCAAGGCAGAGCUGACGUCCUCGGCCCCUGCAUGCUACGCCCUGGCCAUCAGCCCCGACUCCAAGGUCUGCUUCUCAUGCUGCAGUGACGGUAACAUUGCUGUCUGGGACCUGCACAACCAGACGCUGGUGAGGCAAUUCCAGGGCCACACAGACGGGGCCAGCUGUAUUGACAUUUCUAACGACGGCACCAAGCUCUGGACAGGCGGCCUGGACAACACGGUCAGGUCCUGGGACCUGCGCGAGGGGCGGCAGCUGCAGCAGCAUGACUUUACCUCCCAGAUCUUCUCCCUUGGAUACUGCCCAACUGGGGAGUGGCUGGCCGUGGGCAUGGAGAGUAGCAAUGUGGAAGUUCUUCACGUAAAUAAGCCUGACAAGUACCAGCUGCAUCUCCAUGAGAGCUGUGUGCUGUCCUUAAAAUUUGCUUAUUGUGGUAAGUGGUUUGUAAGUACUGGCAAAGACAACCUCCUCAAUGCUUGGCGGACCCCCUACGGAGCUAGUAUAUUCCAGUCCAAAGAGUCCUCGUCCGUGCUGAGCUGUGACAUCUCUGUGGAUGAUAAGUACAUAGUCACUGGCUCAGGGGACAAGAAGGCCACAGUCUACGAAGUCAUCUACUGAAAACAUGAUGUGGUUUAACGUUUAGAGUUGAAUCGGGCCAAAAUGUUUUGAAUUUGUAGAAAUAGAAAAGUUGUAACUUUAAAAGGAAAAAAAAACAACCACGAAAACCUGUUUCCAAACCUUGACACAAAACUACUUUGAGUCUACAAAGAGGAGGCGACGAAUCCAUCAACUGAAGGUCACCCAUCUACGUAGACCAAACGGAGCACCAAGGCAGAGUGGACAGAGGGGCCAAGGGGAGUAGGCAGAGCCUCUUCUUUCCUGUCUGUGUGGUCUGCCAAGAUUACCUUCCUGUUCCUUGCAGUUCCCCUCACCUUCUGUGCUUGGUAGAGCAGUGGUGUCUCCAAUGAACUUGUUUCCUGGUUUUGCAUCUUGUGAAAUGUUUUUUUGUAUUUUUGUUGAAGGUUAAACAUUUGUAUAAAUUGUAAAUAUAUUUGGUUUAUUACAGUAAAGGCUUUAGUACCAAUAA